CUGGCCUGGAACUUAUCAUGUGUUACAUUAUACCGAUAUGAUUCUUUAUCAUCGUUUAUCACAAUUAUUGCAUCUACUGCUAGAUCAGACCAAACUAAUCAUCGAGACAAGAACAUCUAGUCUUUGACGCUCCAAUUCAACAUUAGGGCAGCGUUUCAAGAAGCUGGAAGGUGUUCCAAGCAACGGUUACUAUGGCAACAAAAUGCGUAGUCAUUGGAGAUGGUCUUCCUUUGUUGGACUGUAUCCGGAUUAUCCAUACGAGUGGUUUAAAAGUACUCGCAACAUUCAGCAAUUCAACUGAUGUCCAGAACUGGUGUCAACAGCAAGGAAUCAAUGUUUUCUUACGGGAUGCUGACCUGUUCGAAAACCUCAAGAACGAGAGAUUUGAUUACUUAUUCAGCGUGUUUAAUCAGCGAAUUUUGACCGAGGAUGAACUCCAGCUUCCGGCUAAAUACGCCAUCAAUUACACCAAUGCGCCAUUGCCGAAAUAUGCCGGGGUCCAUGCUAGCUCUUGGGCCAUUCUUAAUAAUGAGGUCACCCAUGGCGUAACUUGGCACCUCAUGGACAAAUCAAUCAAUACUGGAGAUAUUGUGAUUCAGGAAACUGUCCAAAUAUCAGAAGAUGAUACGGCAUUUAGUCUCAAUAUCAAAUGCCAGGGUGCCAUGAGGUCCUCACUCCAAGCUCUCCUCAUAGAUAUCAAGGCCGAUCAUUUGAAGUGCACUCCCCAAAACUUAGCGAAAAGGUCAUACCAUUCAUUUCGAGACUCACCAAUAAAUGCGGCAGUUAUCGAUUUCAAAACUACAUCAGAAACUAUCCACCGAUUAACCAGAGGAUUGGAUUAUGGCCAAGGAGAAAAUGACUUUACAAAUCCAAAGAUUGUGACACCAAACGGACACGUUUUGAUAGUUUUGUCUUGUGCAUUGCUCAGUGGUGAUAAAGGCGAGUCAAAACCUGGUGUUGUACGAUCUAUCGAAGGAGAUUGUAUUGUUGUUUCCACCCAGGAUUCACAUAUCGAGCUGACAUUGGGAGAGCCAGAUGGUAGGCCCAUCAAGACAGAUGGUAUCAAAGUGUAUGGCGUCCAUGUUGGUACUGAAAUGCCCUCACCGAACAUCUCAAAACUGGAUGAACUUGGUUUACUGCAAACUACUGAACCGUACUGGAGAUCGAUUCUUGAUACCUAUCAACCAACCGAGUUCUUUCGACAGCAAUACGUAGACCACACGGAAUUUAAAGAUGCCGAUAUGUACACGGAGACAAUUUCUACAUCAAAUGAAGCGAUGGAACUCUGUAGGAAACUUAAAGUAUUAGACAGUAGUGACGCCAUAAAGGGGGCGCUUGUGACAUACAUUGGCCGUGUGUGUGGUAAACAUGAUAUUAAUAUUGGCUUAGGGUCAAUGGACAGACAAGUUGAUGUUGAUUCUAGUAUCAAGACGCUCUACGCAGAAAUAGUUCCUUUUUUGUUCUCUGUGGAGAAUUGUUCCGAGAAGACAAUCGUUGAUGCAAUCAGUGACGUAAGCAUCAAGAUAAACAAUGCUUUGAAACAAGGAUCGUACGCACUUGAUGUCUACAAGCGCUUUCCGAGGCUAAAAUACAAAGAUCGAAUCCCAAGACAUAAUAUUGUGUUAGCAACAUCAACUGAUGAAGUCAAAGCACAAAAGCAGGCCAAGAAUUUACUCAAAUAUUCAAGGCUAGUGCUUACUAUCUUGCCUGGCGGUGAUAUCGUUGUUAACAUCAACAACACUAUACUCCAAAGUAACCCAUUCAUCAUUGAGCAUAUGAGACGGUUUAGAUUCUACAUACAGAAUAUCAUGGCCCUUGACAACGAUGCAAAACUCCCGGAUGUACACCUUCUGAAUGCAAAGGAGCUCAAUGAGUAUCUGACCAAUGUAGCAAUGGACCCUCCCCAAGAAGCGAUAGAUCAAACUCUCGAUAACAUGUUCCUCGAACAGUGUGAGAAAACUCCAAAUGCAACAGCUGUUGUAUCGAACGAAAAAAUGGCAACGUAUGCCCAGUUGCGAGAUGCUUCAAAACCCUUAUCAAAGUUCAUACAGCCGAUAUUUGGAGACACUUCUAAGGAACGCUCAGUUAUAGGACUGUAUAUUCCAAACUCAUGCGAAUACGUUGCUGUCCAGCUCGCUGUUCUAAUGAGUGGCCAUGCGUUUCUGCCUCUUCCUGUAGAAUAUCCCCAGGAGAGAACUGAAUUCACAAUCAAUGAUGCCAAAGUGAAGCAUGUCAUUACCCUGCGGAAUUUAUACACUGACGUCAUCUCUAAUUUCAAAUCAUGUCAUGGAAAAAUGACCGUUGUACCAAAUUUCGGCAUAUGCGAGGACUUUGUUAUUCUUACACGUGAUAACGUCGACAGGGAAACAGAGGAGCUCUGCCAAGCCAGAGUGAACCAAAAGUUAGCAUAUGUGAUUUAUACUUCUGGGUCGACCGGCGUCCCUAAAGGUAUCCAGAUAUGUCAUUCUGGUGUCUGCAACGCCAUUGAUUCAUGCAUUCGGGUCUUUGGCAUGAGCUCUAGUGACACAGUAGCUCAGUAUGGCUCGAUCGGUUUUGAUGCUUCCAUAGUGGAGAUCUAUAUAGCUUUGGGAGCAGGGGGAAAGAUUGCUAUCUUCAAUGAUCAACAACGAAUAGGAAAUGGCUUUAUUGAAGCAAUGAAAAUAUUUCAAAUCACGACAAUUGCCAUGACUCCUUCUACUUUGAAACUCUAUGAUCCCUCGGAUUUUCCAGACUUGAGGGUGAUAAUAUCGUCGGGGGAAGCAUGUGACAGGCAGACAGGGGAAGUGUGGUCUGGACCAAAUAGAACACUCUAUAACGGCUAUGGACCAACAGAAGUAUCAAUUGGAGCAACCCUAUAUGGGUACAACCCCGAGACAUCAGCUGAGUACAACGAUCUACCCAUUGGGAAACCCUUCUCAAAUGUUUCUAUUUUCCUGCUAGACGAUUGCCAUAAACCAGUACCCGAGUAUGUUCCUGGUGAACUACUUGUUGGCGGAAUAGGAGUGAGUCUUGGAUAUCUAGGUCACGCUACUGAUAGAAACAAAGACGUCUUUGUCCCCAAUGUCCUAGGACCAAAACCCAAAUAUUUGUACAGGACUAACGACGUAGUAUUUCAAGAUAAAUAUGGCGAUGUACUUUAUGUUGGCAGGAGGGACAAGAUGAUCAUGUUUAGAGGUCAACGAAUUGAACUGGGAGAUAUUGAAAGAGUCUUUAUGCAGCAGACAGAAGUCGAGUCAGCUGUUAUAGUUCUUCAUGAUGGAAAACAACAGGGGGACGAACCGUUCUUAGCUGCAUUUGUGUCACCAAGUCACGUGAAUAUAGCUAAACUGAAACUAUCUGUGUCCCAAACAUUACCACCAGACACUCGCCCGACCGUCAUCAGACCAAUUAAUGUGAACGAACUGCCCAAAACUGUGAAUGGAAAGAUUGAUAGAGAUAUGUUGGCCAAAGAUGGGAGUGUUUACAACUUUGUGAAUGCAGCUGAUGACGCUGAGAAAGAUAACAUGGGAGAGACGGAAGAGGGAAUUGCUAAGAUAUGGAGCAAACUCCUGAAACUACAACCUGAAGAUGCUGCUGGUAUUAAUAAAGACAGUAGUUUCAGAGAGUUGGGUGGAAACUCGUUGUCUCUCAUUCUCUUACAAAAAGCUAUCAAGAAGGAAUUGGAAACUGAUUUAUCAUACUUCGAACUGAUAAGCUCGGACAUUCUUGGAGCACUUGCGACUAAAAUCAAGGAAAAACGAAUUGAAAAACCGAGCGAAUCUGAUGACCUUCAAAACAUGCCAGUCGAAUUGAAGAAAGAGCUUCUGAAGGACUCCACUCUAGACGUGAAUGCGAUUGAAUCCUUGGCAGAUAAAGAAAAUGUAGUUGGCCCUCUUCAGUUGACAACCGAUCCAAUCAACAUUCUCCUGACAGGCGCUACUGGAUUUCUGGGGUCUUUUAUCUUACAUGGGAUCAUGGAAUCUACAAAUGCAAUGGUCUACUGCUUAGCUCGAGGAAAGACUGAUUCAGAUGCGUUUAGUAGAGUGAAAUCUGCGCUUGUAAAGUUCAGCAACUGGAAGGACGAGUACGAGGCUAGAUUAGAAGUGAUCAAGUCAGAUCUUGCUGAUGUCAACUUGGGGCUAACGUCUUCUCAAUAUGAGAAACUCUGUCUUAAGAUUGACGUUGUCUUCAUUAAUGCUGCAAAGAUGGACUUCAACUCCCCAUACAGUGAUCAUAAAACCGCUAAUGUUGAAAGUACAUUGUCUCUUAUUAAGCUAGCGGCCACCCACCACAAAAAGUUCCUCUUCUCUGUCUCCUCUCUGAAUGUAUUCCUCUUCCCAUGUACCAAAUAUAAGGACUCGGCAAAUGGUAUGCCUGUACUAAAGGAGACAGAUUUCUUCGAGGAUCCGUCAACGCUAGUCGGUGGAUAUGGCCAGAGUAAAUGGGCAUCUGAAAGGCUGGUUCAGCAAGCUCUUAAGGUGCUUCCUGGUGGUGCCAUCUUUCGACCAGCUAGAAUAACCGGAAGGUCAACAGAUGGAGCAGGUCCGACCAGUGAUUUCUUCGCACUUUUCCUAAGAGGUGCCAUUCAGUUGGGUUCCUAUCCAACAGUCCAGUUCCCAUUUGACUUGACGCCUGUUGACUAUUGCGCCAAAUCAAUCACCCAUAUUAUGACCAAAAUAUGCACCGACAGUACACAUCACCCAACUGUCUUCCACCUAAACAACACCAGAGUCAUCAAAUUUCAUGAACAAUUUCAAGGACUCGGGCUGAAAGCAUUGCCAUUGGAGGAGUGGUGUGACGAAUUCGACAAAACAGCCACUGAGAAGAAUCCACUAUACGCCCUUGGGCCAUUUAUCACAGACGCCUUCAGAAUUGCAGAUGGAUACCGUUGGCCAUUGUUUGAUGAUGAAAACACAAUGCAAAUAUUGCCACGGGAUAUCAAAAACAUUUUGAAACCAACCAAAGAACUUUUAGAAAUCUGCUUCAAAUUUUUGAAUAUUUCUCGUCGUUAAAAACUUAUGUUUGGAUGGUCACACUUGUCUCUAUGUGAGCUCUUAUAGUAGCUAGAUCAUUUGAUUGAUGAUACUAAUCACAGUGUACAAUGAGGAUAGUAGUUACGGUUUUUAUUCACCGCAUGUACACAUUUCAAAAUAUGAACUUUAUAAAAUGGGAUGAGCAAUCCUUUCAGAGUUGAUUCUUUUAAUAAUGUUUUUGUCACAAUUCAAGUUAUGUUUCCUGCAUUUGCUGCAUUCCUAUUUCUAAAAUAAAGCUAAAUAAUAGGCAUAUGGUGCAUUAAUGGGGAAAUAUUAAUGUCAGUCUUAUUAUAUACUAUCUAGUAACAAUUACUUUUAUUAAAUAUGGCCUAUCAAUUCUUCAAAAGGGAAAAAUAAUUUACGACUUUUUAUUUGUGUGAAAAGUUUUUUUGUAUUUCGGAAUUGUCAAUUUUUGUUGCACUUAUACUUGUACAUUAAAUAAUAUGCUUUACCCGUGUAAAAUAAAUAAAACACUUAAAAUAAUGCAUAUUG